AUGGAACCCUCUAAUGAUGCUGAGACGAUGGAAACUCAAGGCGAGGUUACUACUAACGGUGUUUUGCCGUUGUCUCCAAUGCUCGUGACUGAUGAGCAUGCUCCGGGGAAUCUCAGCCAUGACGGAAGAUAUAUUCAAUACAGCCUCUUUCAGACUUAUAUCUUUAAACUCACCGCAAAGUAUCAGCCACCGAUUACGCCUAUUGGCAGAGGUGCUUCUGGUAUCGUUUGUUCGGCUAUGAACUCAGAGACCAAUGAGAAGGUGGCAAUCAAGAAAAUAACGCAUGCAUUUGAUAACCUAAUCGAAGCAAAGAGAACUCUCCGUGAAAUCAAGCUUCUUCGUCACUUCGACCAUGAAAACAUUGUUGGAAUCAGAGACGUAAUCGUGCCUGCUCAGAGAGAUUCAUUCGAAGAUGUUUACAUUGUGUAUGAAUUCAUGGAGCAUGACCUUUUUGGAGUCUUAACAUCCGAACAAGAACUAACCAAAGAUCAUUGCAUGUUUUUCAUGUAUCAAAUCCUGCGUGGAUUGAAGUACAUUCAUUCGGCUAAUGUGCUACAUAGAGAUUUAAAACCGAGCAAUCUCCUCUUGACUACACAGUGUGACUUAAAGAUCUGUGAUUUCGGGCUUGCUCGUUCAACUCCUGAGAGUCAUGAAAUGACUGAGUAUGUUGUCACAAGGUGGUACCGUGCACCCGAGCUUCUGUUGGGCACUUCUGAUUACACCGCAGCAAUAGAUGUUUGGUCCGUUGGCUGUAUCUUCAUGGAAAUGAUGAACCGCAAAACGCUCUUCCCCGGUAAAGAUCAAGUUCAUCAGCUUCGUUUGCAUCUGGAGCUCCUAGGCACUCCAACUGAAGAAGACCUUGAAUUGUUCAGUGAAAACGCUAAGCGUUACAUACGGCACCUUUCUAAGCAUCCUCGCCAAUCUUUCUCUGAGAUAUUCCCGAAUGUGCCUCCUUUGGCAAUAGACUUGGUGGAGAAGAUGUUAACCUUUGACCCAAGAAAGAGAAUCUCAGUUAAAGAAGCGCUUGCUCAUCCAUACCUUAGCUCGUUGCACGACCCUAGCGAUGAACCAGAGUGCAUGAUGCCCUUCACUUCCGAUUUAGAGGAAAGUUCACUCACAGAGGAGCAGGUUAAGGAGUUGAUCUACUGUGAAGCCCUAGCUUUCAAUCCUGAGCACCAGCCAUAAGUGACCUCCUUGGCCUGACAACAAUUCCGAAAACAGCCGUCCAUGUUAUCAUUUCUAUCCAUGUUUUUGCUUUUUCAAACUUCACCUUCUUCUGUUAUUGUUCUUUUCAGUUUUGUUGGAUAAUUUCUUGUAUUUCCUGUUGCUUGGACUGAGAGUUUCUCAGAACAUUUUGCAUGUCGUAUGAUUUUCUGCUGAAUUCCCCCAAUGAAAUCAUUCUUGCUGUUGUCA